CCCAGUUCUCGCUCGUCUCGUUCGCAUUCAUGGCUCCCCUCGCCGACUUCCUCCUCCAACAUGUCCCCCUCCCGCACCUCCCAUACUACCUCAAUCACUGGGUCCCCGGCGCGUCUCCCCUCUCCAACCAGUCCACCGUCGUCGGCACUCUCGUUGGCUACCUCGUCACCAUCUUCUCCAUUCGCGAGAUCAUGAAGACACGACAGGCUAAACGACUCCAGUAUCUCUUUCAGCUUCACAAUCUCCUCUUAACGUCAGGUAGCGCUCUCCUGCUUGUUCUCAUGGCCGAGGAGAUUCUGCCGAUACUCUGGAAGAACGGACUGUUCUACGCGAUGUGCAACGAAGGCGCGUGGACAGAAAGACUGGAGUUUUACUACAUGAUCAACUACUACAUCAAAUUCGUUGAGCUCAUCGACACCGUCUUCCUCGCGCUGAAGAAGAAGCCUCUUGCAUUCCUGCACGUCUUCCAUCACUCGGCCACGGCAUUUCUCUGCUUUACACAGCUGAACGGCAAGACCAGUGUGUCAUGGGUCGUCAUCUCGUUGAACCUGAGUGUCCACGUCCUUAUGUAUUACUACUAUUUCGCCACGGCUGGCGGCGCUAAGAUCUGGUGGAAGAAAUACCUCACGUCGAUGCAAAUCGCCCAAUUCAUCAUCGACCUCUUCGUUGUCUAUUUCGGAACGUAUUCGUACUUCGCCGCCACAUACUGGCCGUCGAUGCCCGUCAUGGGCUCUUGCGCGGGGACGGAGAGUGCUGCGUUGUUUGGCUGUGGGCUGUUGACGGCCUACCUGCUCCUGUUCAUCAACUUCUACAUCCAGACAUACAGGAAGCCGUCGACGAGGAGCAAGAAGCCUUUGGCCAACGGAAACGGUGUCGCAAACGGGAAUGGGAACGGUGCAGCUCACAAACAGGAUUAAACAGUGAUCGUGGGGUUUACCGGUACAGGUUGUUACUUGGUACGGCAGGAGGAAAAGGCGGAGUUGGCUCCGCUUCACUCGAAUUCACGGCGGCGAUGCAAUAUACCACCAUCCAUCCAUCAUCCACGACCGGAGCAUUCUCUUUUCAAUAUUCUUCUUCCUGCGAUCCCGGCUUUGGUUAUUAGUUAGAGUGACGAUCUGGACGCUUCGACCCGUUCCCUCUUUUUCAUGCGUUCUUACUAAGGGUUGUCGCGUUUCCUCGUACUUAUAAUACCAUCUUCCGCAGUGAACGUCGGGCAGGCGUCGGUUUUCGCUCGCUGUCUAUGGUUUGUCGAUACCUAAUUGAUAUACUUACAUAGCGCGCAGCCGACGUACCGUCGACUUCUUGCUGUUGUAAUUUCCGAAUUUUAAUGGGC